GUCUGUCCAGCUGCCCUGUCUGUUCUCAGGUUUUAUACCUGAGGACUCCACAUUGAUGUGGAAUCGCAGUGACCUGGAUCCCAAAUCUGUACACCUACGACGAGAAGGAGGAGACGAUGUUAGAGGACAAAACCAGUGUUACAGCAGGCGCACAUCAAUGAAUCGUUACGCUUUCAUUACAGAAGACUUCAGCCUCACUCUGAGGAAACCCACAAAGACUGACAGCGGAAACUACACCUGCUCCAUCAGUGCUGGAGGAGAAGAACGGAGACUUAGAGACAUCCAGCUGCAGGUCAAAGAUGAGCAGAAAAUGGUGACGGUGAGGGAAGGGUCAAAGUCUGUCAUCCUGCCCUGCAGCACAAAACCUAACGUGUCUGAAGACACCACAGUGGAGUGGACUCGCUCUGACCUCGGACUCAUAAUGGUGGAUGCUUAUCCAAACAGAAACGAUGACCCUAUGACUCAGGACGACCUUUACACAAACAGAACAAAGAUGAAUGAAGACCUGCUGAGAACUGGAGACCUCAGUCUGACCUUAAAAAAACCCACAGAGAGAGACAGUGGGGGAUACAUCUGCACCAUCCACAAGGACAAAGACAUCCUGAGACAAAAAGUAGUGCUGCAGGUCAAAGAACCAUUUGCAUCUUGGGCCCACGUUCUAGCGGUUAUCGCAGGUUUCCUGGUUCUCCUGUUGCUUCUUGUGGUUUCUGGAGGUCUUUUAUAUUAUUUUCGUCACUAUUUCAUGUCAGUUUACAUAGUGGAGGUGGAUUCAGGGGUGGAGUCUGUCCUGCUGCCCUGCAAAGCUAUAGUCAGAUUCCUCGAAAACCCUAGAGUGGAGUGGAAGGACAGAGACGACAGGACAGUCCAUGUGUAUGAGAAUGGAUGUGACCAGCAUGAACAACAGCAUCGGUUUUACAGAGGACGAACAGAGAUGAACAGAAACCCGCUGGAAUUUAGAGACCUCAGUCUGACCCUGAAACAUCCCACAGAUGACGACAACUCCACCUACACCUUCCCCCAGGUGGAUGUGGAUUCUGGGGAGGCGUCUAUCCUCCUGCCCUGCAAAACUACACAAAACCUGCCUAGAAAUGCUAAAAUAGAGUGGUGGGACAGAUUCAACAGGAAGGUCCACAUGUAUGAGAAUGGAUCUGACCAGCUUGAAGAUCAGGGCAACCGUUACAGAGACCGAACACAGAUAAAUGAAGACCUGCUGGAAACUGGAGACCUCAGUCUGACCCUGAAAUACCCCACAGACUGGGACGCAGACAUCUACACCUGCACCGUCUCUUUCUCUUUCAUUUCUGAAACCUACUGGUGUCUGUACAACUCAUGUUGUGUUUGCUGUCCCUUCAGUCUGCGAGGUGGAGGUGGAGGAAGGGGCGGAGUCUGUCCAACUGCCAUACAAAACCACAGAAAACCCGCCUGA